AUGUCCCUCCUCUCCUUAGACUCUCUGCAAGAUAUCUUCAGAAACAAUUGGAUUCUUCCUGGGGCCGCUGUCGCAACUGGCCUCGGAGUAGUCCUUUAUCUUGUGGUUGGUCCACAUUCGCGCCGCCCGCUGCCUCCUGGCCCCGAAAUCUCUUGGUUCAGUCGCAACGGUGUUGUGAUGCCCACGGCUUAUGCGUGGCUAACGUUUGCUGAAUGGCAGAAGAAAUUUGGAGAUGUUAUCUACGUCAAUGUUUUCCGCAACCCCAUCCUAAUUAUCAACUCGCAAGAGGCUGCAUUUGACUUGUUGGAAAAGAGGAGCGCAAUCUACUCGUCGCGGCCUGUGAGGACCAUGCAAACCGAGAUAAAUGGCUUCUCGUGGCUUUUUUCUGGCCUCCCAUAUGGACCUUGGUACAAGAAACACCGCACGAUGUUCCACAAUCAUUUCCAAGCCAAGGUAAUUCCGCGAUAUCAUGACACGUUGGUCGACAGCGCCUACACCCUCCUGCGUAAUCUCCGCCUUUCACACACGCCGGAGCACCUGCUCCAGCAUCUCAGGCGCACCACAACUGCGAUUGUUCUCUCAAUAUCCUAUGGGCAUCACGUUGCUGAACAGGGAGACGAAUAUGUCGAACUCGCCGACCAAGCACUUGUCGGUCUCUCCAUCAUGGCAUCGCCGCUAACUUCGGCACGUUUAUGGUCGACUACAUUCCCCUUCUACAUCCCUGCGUGGUUUCCUGGCGCACAGUUCAAAAGAGACGGUGCCAGAUGGAGGAAACUUGGCCUGGAAAUGUGGAACAGGCCCUUCGAGAUGGUCAAAGCUCGCAUUGCGGCUGGAACGGCGGAGCCUUGCCUUAACGACCUAGAACUCGAAACACUGAUCAAGGAUGUCUCUGCAACGGUAUACGCUGGUGGUUCAGACACGACUCUUUCCACUCUACUUUCCUUCUUCCUCGCGAUGGUCCUUCAUCCAGAAGUCCAAGAACGCGCGUUUGCUGAAAUCAACACGCUCAUUCCUGAUGGCGACCGUUUACCGGCAUUCUCCGACCGUGAACAACUCCCGUAUUGUGACCGAAUCGUGCAAGAAUCGUUGCGUUGGAAUCCUGUCGGCAAUAUUGCCCUCGCCCACUAUUUAACAGAGGACGAUGAGUACCGUGGCUGGACCAUCCCAAAAGGUACCACCGUUCUUGCCAAUAUCUGGGCAAUGCUGCAUGAGCCAUCUCGUUAUCCUGAUCCAAUCGCGUUCAACCCCGACCGCUUCAGUGAUGAGCAGCAGGUCGACGGGAAAAAUCCAACGCCAGAGAUUGCGUAUGGCUUCGGUCGCCGAAUCUGUCCUGGUCGCUUCCUCGCCACAGAGACAAUCUGGAUCAUCGUUGUUUCUGUCAUUGCGACGUACAAAAUACUCAGACCACUUGAUGGAUUUGGGAAGGAGGUUAUGCCAGAAGUCGCAUACACACCGGGACUCUUCAGGUCUGUUUUUAUGUUGGUGACCGACAAGAACCCACUGAACACUUUCGGUGUAGUCGACCUAAACCAUUUGGAUAUCGCCUGGUUCUUCGAUCAGACGAGGCAGCGGCGCUUGUGA